AGUAAGUCACAUGAGUCAUCAUGGAGUCGACGGUACAAAAGAAAACUGUGGCUGAAAAUUCUCAACUCUUGUCAAAAUGUCAGGAUAUCAGCGCCUAGAUGCAGUGAUUGCAACAGAUAUAAACAUGGAAAACGAAAAUCAACCAACUGGUGUUGUCAUCGCCAGUAGUAAACUUACCGCAGAAGCUUGUGAAGUUAGAAAUCAGACAGUCAACUGGCAAUCUUAUGUACAAGGUCAGAUGAUAAGCCAAGAUGACUACCAUGCCAUAGCAGAUUAUGACUGUAUGGGAGAAGAAGAAAAAAAUAUCAUCAUUCAAAACAAAGGAGAACAGCUUGCCAAGACUUGUUUAUCCUUAUUAUCAAGACUAACAAGAGAUCAAACCAUUAGAUAUAUACUAGUCUUAGUGGAUGACCUGCUGAAUGAGGACAAAGGAAGAGUAGCAAUUUUCCAUGAUUUUGCCAAGAAAAAUAAUGUCAAUCUGUGGUCAUCGUUUUUUGGUCUGCUUAACAGACAAGAUCAGUUUAUUAUCAACCAGAACCUUAUUGAGAAACCAGAAGAGAAGAAACGCGAGACAUCCGUGGCUCUCAUCCAAAACAAGCUUCUAGCAGUCUUAUCGAUACUGAACGGCAAGCCAUGGGCAGAUGAAGACAUCCAGGAGGAUAUUGAAUACAUCUACGAAAAGCUGAAUGAAAUUGUACAAGAUUUAAGUAAUUUUGAUGAGUACGCGGCUGAGCUUCGAUCAGGGAGACUGGAGUGGAGUCCCGUGCACAAAUCUGAAAAGUUCUGGAGAGAAAACGCUCAUCGCUUGAACGAGAAAAACUACGAAUUGCUAAAGAUUCUUAAUUACUUAAUGGAGUCCUCAACAGAUCCCACAACUCUUUGCAUCGCUGCUCAUGACAUAGGGGAAUAUGUGAGACACUUUCCUCGAGGAAAGACUGUUAUUGAGUCUUUGGGCUGUAAAGUGAAGGUAAUGAAGAUGAUGACCCACGAUGACCCUAGUGUCAGGAAAGAAGCUUUGUUAGCAGUACAGAAGAUCAUGGUACACAACUGGGAAUAUCUUGGUAAACAGCUCAAGGAUGUAUAAUGAAGAUUUUAAAUCAAACUAUUCCAAAUGAAUUCAAUAUUAUAAUACUAGUAAAUGAUCAGCGGAUCGGUAUGGUUGAAGGUAGAAUGAUUUUUUCAGUGCUUCCCAAUCAUCUCGAGGAAUCUUACAUUAUGCGGUCGCGACAAAAUAUGAUUUUUGCUAACAUAAAUCAAAGGGUUUCCUUGUGAUUGUCGCAAAUCACGAAGUUUUUAUGUUUAAGCUAUUGGAAAAUAAGAUGAAUUUGAAAAUAUGAAAUGUGAAAAUAAUGUGUGAAUCAUAGAUGUUUCCCUUUCUAUAAACAACUUAUGUGAAAAAACACGAAAUAUACCUUAGAUGAAGCAGUUUGGAUACAAAUAACCGUUUGUCAUGAGUAAUUUAGUAUCCAGUGGAAAAUUCAAUCAACUUGAGUUUUUGAAUAGACUAGGAAUAUUGUCAAUUGAUGGUUUUCACGGCGGCCAUGUUGGAGGAACUUAACAAAAGAAUUGCCAAUGAAUUCUUCUGCUAUAUCCUCCAACAUGGCCGCCGUGUCUUUUGUUAUUUAAUUCUCUUGGGAAUGGUUGAAAACCAUCAAUACUAUAGACCCCUUGCACGCGACACCAAAGCAGCUCAAUUUGGAGGACAUAACAAUAGGUUUCCAAUUCUCAGUGAGCUACAUUCCGACGUACUGCAAGGGUUCUAUAGAACUGUUGCAGCAUAUUCCAUAUAGAGCUCAUUUCGAAGGCAAAACAGAGAGUUUAAGUAUCUCGUUUACAGAGACGAAAAACGAAAAAUCCUUUAGAAUAAGUAAAAAAAAGGUAGAAAAAAAAUGCUAGAUAAGGGCUAGAUAAAUAAAAGAACACUUAUCUUGGGGAAAAGGUUUGCAAAAGGUGGUUUUCAUCGCUUCCCUUCAUUUCACUUUAGGUCAUUUUUCCGGAGUUCAGGAAGAAAAAACGUGAUUCUCAAUAUCAUUUUUAUCUCCUGAGAAUUAAAAUUCAUCAGAUCGUCCUCCAAAAUGAGCUUCUCUGGUAAUUGCUCGGCAAGUGUUUUUUUCAGUCGAUUUUUUGGCUACAUUUAUUUGUUUAGGGUUCCUUCUGGAUUGGGCUUGCUAAUCAUGUGAUUAACUAAUGUAUCUCAGUAUCGUACGACAGGGAUAGAAGACUGACCGUUGCAAUGGUAGAACACGGGUGCUUACCAUUUACCAGGGAAAACAAGAAAUCCCGUUUGGAAAAUAAAUAAUAAGCAUUAUUCCAAUCGGAAAGUUCCAGAAAAGUCGGUUCUUCGAUUGAGGUAAUCCACUUUUCCCGCUCUUUUCGGUUCUUCCGGUAGACGCGUGUACCAUUUUUCGUAAGGCAAAGUUUCCCGCUCUUUUCUUAAAAUUAGGGAAUGAAUUUCCAACCAGAUGGAARGGUUAAAAUAGUAAGCACCCCACGUUUCUACUUUCUGCGCAACGUGUACGACUCCCCAAAGGGGUAGUCUCGUUCCAAGCGUCGUAGCAUGCAAAGUCCCCUCGUUUGUCCUCGCCUUUAGACACGGGAAGGUAGAGUGAACCUACUGUCGGGGCUAGCAUGUUUGGUGUUCUCUCUGGGGAAGCAAACGAGACUUGUCCCUAGCAACAGGUUCACUGCUAUCUUCAUAUCUUCAUGUCAAGGCCUCUCAGAAUUUUUUAGGUAUGAUUUUAGUGUAAUAACUAUUGGGAUAUUUUUGUGGUUUUGCUGAAUUUAUAAAUAACAAUUAUUGCGAUAGCUACAUUAAUCAUAUUCCAAUAUCAUUGAUACUAUUAAUCAUUGGUAAUAAAAUAUUUGCUGGUUAAAUAGCA